ACCAGCGAAAAGGGAUGUGAAUGUGAAGCAAUGCUCUAGGGGGAAAAAUGAGAAAAAUACCCACAAAUGGAGGGGUGUGACAAAUGUGUGAAAAAUUUCGUGACAAGUACAUACAAUUUAUGGCAUCUUGAUGCAUUAGGAAUUGAUAUUUAAUGCAUGGUGAUUAGGGGAUGGUGGUAGAGUGUAUUCAACAAAAGUUAACAAUUUUGCAAGUGCCCAAAACACUAAAAUUUUUAAGAGGUUAAUCAAAAAGAGGCUAAGAGUGAUGAUGUAUUAGAAAUUUAUUAAGAAUAUAUAUAUAUAUAGCUUCGCAAAAAGGAAAAUGUGAAAGUGAGAGGACAAAAGAUAAAACGAAAAAAAAGUUGUGGGACUAUUGUCUUUAAAUGUGAAUCAAGAAAGGAAUAUGCAGCUGAUGACAUUCAACUCCUUACUAAUGUUUGAUAUCGUGUUUGUGUUUUUUCUGUUUUUGGUGGGAGUUACGUGCCUAGUGUACUAUUUGCCACCCACCCGUCGACAUCGACGGUCAGAAAUGUACCAACAGCAGUUGUAUUAUAAGAAUUUUGCCGCAAAUGUACAUAUAACGGAAAAUCGUACAGUACUUGAUGUUGAUGGUGAAAUGUGUGAAAAAUUGCCCAAGCAGCAUAAUCAUGAUGAUAAGGGUGAAAGACCUGUGGUGGUGGAUAUAGAGGGAGGACAAUCAUCAAGCGCAAAAACCAUAUCAAAUAACAUUGUAAAAAGUCGACCGACCAAGUGUUGCUACGUCAAAGCCAAAGGAUGUGAUGUUAUUAAGGAAUGUACAGGACCUGUUGAUGACGUAUAGAAUUUGGGAUGUAUACAGGAGUGAAAAAUUAUACGUCAACUCUACCGAGAAGUUGCCGGUCGAAGGGUGAUUGCGAAGGUCGUAAGAACGCAGAGUUUGCCAUAAGUCAUGAAAGGAAUGACAUGAUUCGACCCACCUACGGUGCCUAUGCAUGUAACACACUACCGAGGGGGCCUUAUCUUCAAUACAAAUUUAACGAUCAACAUAACGACAAUAAUAUGCGCAAAAGUCAGCAAAUUGAAGAAUUGAGGAGGGAAUUUUUGAAUCUUCCACGUGCAAAAUUGACCAAUCACGAUGAAGGUCGAUUCAGGACACAAACAUUGGAACGCUACGGCAGAAGAGGCGAUCAAGCAAAACAAGAUCAAAGUUUGAAGGACUCUGGUAGUCAUCAGAAUUUGCGUUCAUUGCCAACCAAUAAAAAACCUCCAGUGAAUUAUCAGACACUUCCGAAAGCAUUUACAUCAACAGGAUAUCAAUCCAACCAUGUUGCCAGCAAUAGAGUUGAAAUGGCAAAUGUGCACCAAAUUCAUGUUCUGCAGCGAAAAUCAGCUUCAAGUCACAAUCAAUUGCAUCAGGAUAUGAAUUAUGAAAUAUCGAAUUUCCCUUUUUCAUCCCAUCACCAUGUUCCAACGACUGACACAACAUCAAACGCGUUAAAGUGCCAAACAGCUGAAGGCCAUCAUAUCAAGGGAUCCGGUUCCAUUUCACCCGGAUGUCCAUUGAGCGUCUCAUCGGCAAAUCAAUUAAAUUAUGUGACACUGGACGAUGCAUUGACUGUGAGACCUAAUGGAUUCACCGCAUCGGAAGGCUGGGCAUUAUUGUGCCAGACAGUUCAGGCACUUCAGGACCUAUUUCUAGCAGAUACGCCAUCAACAUCGAGGAUCCUUCCUCUGGUUACACCCACCAGUUUGCAAAUCACUUCACGUGGACGUGUGGCAUUCAAUAUUGUACCCGCCGGCCAGACAAUUGCUCAUGAACUUGGACAGAUGGCUGGUGAUGCUGUGAAACACUUGGCACCGGAAUUCCUCAGUUCCAUGGGCAAAAAAAUCACGUUCUCCGAAUCGGAUAUUGAAAAGAUGUGGAUCUACUCCCUAGGAGUCACCUUGCACAAAACCCUGCCAAUUUCAUCGGCUUCGAGAAUGCUUGGGAUUGAAUGUGAUGAGAAGCUAACACCUCUCGAAGUGGCACUAUUUCAGAAUCAAAGUUCAUUGGCACCAUUAGAUUUUGUGAUACGGUCAAUGUGUAAUAGGAAUCUGCACAAUCGGAGUACACUCAUGUACUUACUUGAUGUUAUUUCAGAAUACUGCAAGAUUCAUCAUCAAGUGAAGCCAUUCUCGCAUACUGUUAUGGAGUUGUUUCAGCAGGUGAUUGAUCACAAAGAGCAGAAUGCUUUUAUUCGACCUAGAGAUGAAAUAAAAUCCCAGGAAGAGCACAGAAGCGAUACGGAUUCUGGAAGAAGUUCAGACCAUGGUGAAGUAUUUCGUGAUGGAUUGUGUGAGAAGAUGCAGAAGUUGGAGGUAAAGCGUGUAGCAGCAUUUCAGCAAAAUUCUGAAAAUUCAGCCAAAAAUACUGCGGUCAUUGGUCAAAGGGCACCAAAAUUCAAUGCAGAAGCAAAUUCGGGCACUCUCCAAGUAAUCCGGAGGAAACGAAAGAGGGAGACAUUGCGUCGGAAUACCAUUGAUAUUAAUCGAUUGGAAUUGCAGAAUGCCCGUGAAGAGUUGCUCAAUGCAUCAAAAUCUGCCACAUGUUUGCUGGAAUUGACCAACAGUGAGAGUUUCAAUAGGAAAUUGGAUGAAAUUGAUUUUACAAGUUGUGGUAUCUCACUGCCGGAUCUCCAUCGAGAAGGCCGAAUGGCAGCUCUGCCACCUCUCAAAGUGAGACGUCCAGUCGGAUGUAUGCGGACAGAAUCGAAGGAGGAUAUCCUGGGCAAGACCACAGGGUACAGUGAGAAGGGUCCUGAUUUCAUUGUAAAAUCCUUUGUUACUCCCAAGCAGAUUGAUAUUUCCGAUGCAAAAUGCCAGAAUCGUCGUUCCAUCAAUGUCUUGCUGCUAAAUGGCCAUAUAAUCCAUAUUGUAUGUAAUCCUGUGACAACAACAACAUAUGAUAUCUUCCAAGCUAUUAUGGAAUCGGAAAACUGCAUGGAAAAUUUCUUUCUCGGUAUUUGUGCACUAAUUGGCGGGGAUUUUGUCUUCCUACCGCUAGAUCUCAAAAUUUACAAGGUUGCACCUCAGGCUUGGAUUAACGUGCCAAAGAAGGGAAGUGUGAUAGAAAAUAUGACAUUUUCGCUUUUUGUCAGGAUAAAAUUCUACUUGCCCACACUGAGGGGCAUCAGCUCAUUGGAAUCCCGACACAUGCUGUACUUGCAACUGAGGAAAAGUAUCCUGGAGAGACAUAUCCUGUGUACAGAUGAUGAUUUAAUUACGCUUGGGGGGUUAGCACUACAAGCUGAAGCAGGUGACUUCAAAGAAAACAUGAAAUAUAUGGAAUAUUUUACAUUAUCACACUAUUUGCCUGAGGGAGUGUACCAGAAGAAUAGAGAAAUGGCACAAUAUUUGCGGAAUUCACAUUACCGUAAAAAGGGUCUUUUGCCACUUGAGGCUGAGCACAAUUUCAUACGCUAUGUGCAGGAACUGAAGGAGUACGGAUUGCAUCUUUACAGUGCAAUUUGGGUUGUUGAUGAGAAUACCAGCAUCAAUGUCUUUGUAGCAAUUUCGUUGAAAGGCAUUUGUCUGUUUCACCGAAAUCUAUCUCCAAACAUGAACCACUUGGAGAUAUAUACAGAAAAUUCCAAAAUGAUGUAUCAAAGGAAGUUAUAUGCAAAAUUUGAAUGGCUAGAAAUUGAGAAUUUGUGCUACUCCAAGCACAUUCUCUGUAUAGUUGUGCGAAAUUCUGAAAGUCUCAAAGCAAAGGACACUAAUAGAAUUAAGUAUAAGCUGAGGAUGGAUGGAAGAAAGAGUUACUUUGCUUUCUCCCUUGCCUCGGAUCAUCAUAAAUUCUACAUGACACUACGAAAUUCAUUUGCUUCACUCAAAAUGAUAUCAACUGGGUUAAAUGUUCCUUUGAGGGGUAAAUUGAAUCACACAGAUGAGUGUCAGGCUAUUCCGGAUUUUGUGCCAAAGAUUGAGAAACCAACGAAGCCUCAAGGGAAUCGUAUGAGAAAUUUGAAAAAGUCCAUGAUGAAUGACAACAAAUUGAUCAAAUUGCGCCAGAAGUUUCUCAAGAGAUCCAAAUCAUCUGUUGAGAUGACAUCAGUCGUUGAACAAUUUCGUCACACCCAAAUCUCACGCGAAGAAGUUCAGAACAAGGAAAAUGAAUGUCCUCCACUAUCCACAUCCACCAAUUCAUCCCCAAGAAGUGCAACUUGGAGUCGCAACAAAGUUAAAAUGGGCACAAGGGUGUUCUCCUCUCAAUUCCUCAACAAAUCCUUCGACAACAUUUGCGACAAUGUCGUCAAUUCAGCCCGUUCCGAAGGUAAUUACAGUCUUCUGGAACAGACUUUUGCUCCAAUAAGUGAAAAUUUGCUAGAGCACGAUUAUUCGGAUGGUGAUAAUUCACUAAAGAGCACCAGCCUCGGUUCCAUUCUCUAUGCCAUUGAAAAGCGACCGGAUUCGCCACCGGCAACCAGUGAAGCUUAUGUUAUACACUCAUCUAUAAGAAGUAUGCAAAAUAACUAUAGUUUGCCAAAUGAAAGUGUCUCAGACACUCUCAUGGAGAAAUUCAACAACAUGUCCUGUAGCACAACAGCAAAUGAUAGAAUUAUUGCUAAAAUUACAAUUGCAAAGGACAAAGUUUCCGACUCAAGGAAUGGUAGUUUCGAGCGAAUGAAGUUCUCCACUCUCAAUCCAAGUCGAUUGAGCAAGAAGCUGAUAAGAGUUAAGAACAAAUUGCUGUCGAGGAGUCAGGAAUCCAUUGCUGGAGAUGACAAAAAAUCAAAUGGUUAUACUCUCGGAAUUAGUAUAGUUCAAGGAUCAGAUAAUAAUGUUUAUGUGAAGGAUUUGGUGUCCAAUGGACCUGGGGCACGAAAUGGCAUUAAAAUUGGCGAUCAGAUUCUAGCUGUAGAUGGGAUAUCCUUGUUAAAUUUGCCAUAUGUGGAAUCACUAAAAUUGCUCCAGACAACCAAUAGUAAUGUUGAAUUAGUUGUAUCUCAGUUAUUGCAUACACCACAAGAGCCACAGAUGAAAUUGAAUUGCAAGGAUGAUUGUAUUGUGCCAAAGGAGCAAUUUGAGAGAAAGCCACACAAUAAUUUUGACUAUUUACGUGAAAUGAAAUACAAGGAAAUUGAUGAUAUACCAUCAAUUAAUUCACAGGAAGAGAAUAUUAAACGAGAACCAUUGAUUUCCAACAAUGGUGUAUUGUCCAAAAGUGCUCCUGAUUUACCAAAGAUUAUCGCCAUUAUACCGAAAGAGCCCAAAAUGAAAAUUAAUGUUCAUAGAAAAUUCUUUGGCCACCACAAAUUUCCUGUAACGCCGGCAAAGGAACUGAAAAGAACCACAAUUGCACCAGUCAAUCGACCUCAACCUCUUUCUCUGCCAAAUGAAAGCGCUGAAAAGCAAGUUUUCAUAUAAAGAUGUGCCAAAAUGGAUUUACUUCCACCACUAAAAGUGCCCCGGAUGAAGAGGAUCAAUAAAGAAUCUUUGAUGAAUUUGCGUGAGAGAGCCAAUUGCAAGCGUAUAUCUGACAGUAUUCUGAGCACAAUGGAAACUCUUCAUUUUCACAUCAAUCGUCAACAUCAUAGAGAAUAUUCAUCGACAAAUUCACAUAUUUCAACGAUUUCAUCUCUAAAAUUGGAUUCUGCGGUAUCAAAGCGCAAUCCGCAGAGUGAAAAUUACGGCUUGUAUGCGCUCAAGUGUGACCGAAGCAGAGCCUCUCAGAGAGGAAUUAUUUUGCAUAUUCCAACUAAGAGUGGUGCUGGCGGAAGUGGCAAAAAGACACCGGAUCCCAAGGAGAUGAUUCAUGAAAAAUUUGAACCAUGCCGACGUAGCAUUGAGUCAGUGGAUGUGCAAGAAUCUGGGGAAAUUGUGCAGAAAGAUGAUGAUGGGUGUGCUGGGAAGAUGGAGCUUACGAAAGCUGUUGUAGCCCCACCAAGACGUAAGCGCCAUGUGAAGAGUACCAAGAAGGAAAGAUUAUCGCACCAGCAGAAGACUUGCAGUGUUUCAAUUGACACCAUUGACACAGAAAGAAAGAGAAAUGUCCCAUUGAGAGCGGAAAUGGAAAGCAGUUUGCAGGAUAUAAAAUCGAAUUUAAUGGAAAAUAGAUUGAAAAUGGCAAGAGGUCGAAGUCAAAAGGAGAGCAUAGAUAUUUUCAAAUUGAACCACAGUGAUGCAUUUGACGAUUUUGAUACUAUUUUUGAGGUAGUGUCCCAUGAUAGAGCUUUACGGGAUACUCAAGUGAAGCCUCCUCUUAAGAUGAAAAAUGACACCAAAGUGAAAUUGAAAGAGAAUAGCAUUUCCGUGAGUGAAAAUAAUUCGCCUAAUGGAAAAAUUGGAGAGCACCUGAAGACAUUUCCAAAGACUGAAGGAUCCUCUGGGCCAAAAAUUAAGGUUCAACAAUGGCAAAUGAGUAAUCAUGUGCCUGAGUGCAAAAUUUCCAAGAGCAUAAAUGUCGAAAGGACGUCUCGUAUUGAGAGAAUCCAAUUUCACAAUGAAUUCAUUCCAAAUUCCUUCUCUGCAGAACCCUCCAUCAAAGGCAAUUCCCUCAAUUCAGCACCUUCCAAUUCAAUUGACUAUUACAUAAUGAAAUCAUCCGAAAAGAAAGUGACUUUGCCACCUGCCCAAGAAAUAGAGAGUGAGGCUAAUUUUAAGUACUUUGGUGAUGAAAAUAACCAAAUUUGGACAAUUUAACGUGUGCAUACCAAGAGUUAAAUCAAGAAAUGGAUAUUUCGAGGGACCCCUACAAAUAAUUUUAAACAAUUUUAAUUUAAUUUUUUUGCUUAAAUAGAGAGCAUUUAUUUUAAAUUUUUUUUUAGAACUUAUAAACCAGUUAUAGUGUUAUACUUUUAUCACGUAACAAAAUGUAUAGAUAGAGUGAAAAGAAAUUAUUUGUACUCAAAUAUUGCAAGAGUGUUAAAUAAAUAUAUACAGUAUCGUGAAUCAACAAUAACACAGUAAAUAAAGGAUUUAUAUAAUGUACAUUUUAAUAUUCAAACAAUACUCUUUUAUCAUUGUGUAUAUUCUCGAUUAAUGAGAAAUGAAAUUAAAUAUAAUCUCAAUAGUGGAUAGGAAAAAAAAAACAAUUGGUAAGGAUAUCGAUUAGUGUUGAAUAUUUCUAUUAAUGAUACAGUAACGUAUUAUAAUACUCUUGAAUAGUAAUAAAAGCAGUAAAUAAAUUAGUAAGGAGCUCUGUUUAGCACAUAACGGCAAUAAAAUGUAUUAUGGAAAUUUAA